GCCCAGAAUUAUCUUGUCCCUCGAUCCCCAUGAUGAAUAUGCGUGAAGACAAAUCGCCGUAUGCAGCAGCUACCCAUGUUCCGCUCAUCAAAUCACCCAGUCUUCGAGUUCCUCCUCGGGUGGAACUUCCUGAAGAUAUACAUCCUCUGCCAGACUCAGUAACACCCUAUUUUGUGUACCCUUUCACACUCGAGCCUCACGUUCUCACUCUGGAAUCCUCUCGACGCUCAACAAUUUCUGCUCAUCAAGCCAGACGCGAUGCUUACCUACGUUCGCGGGAAAAUGAAAAGGAACAGAGGAAACGUGAGGCUUUGCGGAAGAUUGCGCCGGGUUUUGAGCCGAGAGGAUCUGUCCUUAUUCCAACCAGGGCUACUUCUGCUCCACUCUCGAUUACACCAGAUGCUAGCCUGGAUGGUAGUCCAAGUAACGCCGGUGAAGGUCAUAGACAUACCAAGUCCGUGAUGGAGGAUCUGGUUGAUCAGCUAGCCGCGCUUGAUUCGAAUGUGCGAAGGUGAUAAUGGGGAGACCGGGAGAUAUACGGGAAGAACGAAUUUGGGCUUAGUGUACGAGUAAAAUUAUAAAUUAUUUGUCAAUAGGUGAAUAUAUCGGUGCUUCGGUGUGCCCUUCCAUUCUUCAUGAGGAUCUUUUUUUUUUUUCGGGGAGCGAUACCAUCCGGCGCCUUCA